AUUUGAGUUUUACGACUGUCUUGCAACCUUUUUACGGUUUGUAUGGUUCGGCGUUCUUCGAACCUGGCAGAACCUCGAAGUCGCAAGACUCAUAAUCGCCCACAAGCGGUUUUUCAACAAUGUUUCAGGUAACGAGAGCACAGAAACAGGGCUAAGGAGAAGAUCAGGUGAUACCAGCAAAUCACAAGAGGGUUCUACUGCUACAAGGGAAGGCAGACAAAAUGAGCUGCCUCAGCUGUCUGUCUGUAAGGUGUUUAAAUAUCAAAUGAACGAGAGGCCAUAGGAGGAUGCCCAGGCCAGCCCUAUACCUCAGGUAUGGUUUAAAUAUGAGCCACCUGCCAGGAUGUCCCACACAUAGAAGACUUCCUAGAAACUGUGGAAGGAUAGUGGCAAUUUGGAGAUGAGAAAGUGCAGGGCCAUGGAAGACAGAGCCUCUGCCCAAUGCAAGGAAGGAUCCAACCAUGGAUGGGUGUACCAUUAAAAAAACAGACACAAAUCAAUACUUCAGUGUACUAAGAUAAAAAGUUUAUGUCAAGAAGCCCCUGAUGAAACCCUCUUCUUCUCCUCCAGGGAGGACCCAUGGCAUGUUGCCAAAGUGAUCAAGAGCUACAUGCAGCAACACAACCUCCCUCAGCGGGAGGUGGUUGAUGCCACAGGCUUGAACCAGUCUCACUUAUCACAGCAUCUGAACAAGGGCACUCCCAUGAAAAAUCAGAAGAGGGCAGCACUGUACACGUGGUAUGUGCGGAAACAGGGAGAGAUCACCCAGCAAUUCACCAAUGCCAGCCGAGGAAUCCUGGGGGAAGAGCCUAAUGACGAUAUGACCAGCAAGAAGGCUAGAAGAAACCGAUUUAAGUGGGGUCCCGCCUCCCAGCAGAUCCUCUUUCAAGCCUAUGAGCGGCAGAAGAACCCAAGCAAAGAAGAGCGAGAAGUUCUGGUGGAAGAUUGUAACAGGGCGGAGUGUAUCCAGCGUGGCGUCUCCCCGUCUCAGGUACAAGGGCUCGGUUCAAACCUGGUUACUGAGGUGCGGGUCUACAACUGGUUUGCCAAUCGUCGGAAGGAGGAGGCAUUCCGACACAAACUUGCAAUGGACUCAUACAGUGGUCAGCCGGCCCACAAUACCCCACAGGUGACAGGUCACAGUGGCCACAACCUGCAGGCCAGCCCCCCACACGGAGGCCGAUACAGCCAACAGUCCAGUAGCAGCAUCUUGACCUCCACCUCUGCCCAUAUGAGUGGCCUCCAGUCCACUCAGGUCAUCGUGCAGUCCCCAUCACCCACUGGCCUCCAACCCAGCCACACUCUGAUGGUCAGUGAUAGCAAAGAGGUCACUCUGGGUUCACUACCUCCUGUCAGCACGCUGACAGCCCUGCAUGGCCUGUCUUCACCUACUGCUCAGCCCCAGACGCAGACCCCCGGGCUCAUCAUGGCAUCCUUGCCCAGUAUCAUGACAAUCAGCCCUGGAGACUCCUCUCUGGUCAUAGGUCUUGCAUCUUCACAGGCCCAGAAUGUGCCAGUCAUCAACACAGUGGCCAGCAGCCUUACAACCUUACAGCCAGUGCCAUUCCAGCAACACCUGACCUCUGCACACCAGCAGCAAGUCAUACCACCUUUUCAGAGUAACAUGACACAGGGCUCCUUCAUGACAUCUCUUCAGCCUGCGCAUGGAGGGUCCGAGGUGGGCAAGGGUGCGGUUCUGUUUGGUGGUAUUCCAGUGCAUCCCCUGAAGCCUGCUCAUGUAUACAAUCACAAAUCGGAGCUGUCACAAGAUAUCCCUAAUAGCUUGUUUACACAGACAAUGGUCAUCACAGAGACUGGACAACUUGGUGCCUUCACAAACCUCACUGCUGUCAAACAGGUUCUCCCUUCAGAUUCUGACAGCCAGACUGCCAUGUCGAUCCAGCCACCAGAUUCCCCGACCCCAGUGGGACAGUUGUCCAGUUCAGACUCCCUACAGCACCUAGACAGUGGCUCAUCAGUGUCAGCCCCAUCCAGCAGCCUAGUGAUGUACCUGACCUCACAGAGCAUCGACAGCCACCCGCAUCUCCUCUCGCCUAGUGCCUUCAUCCCCACACAGAUCGCUUCACCCACCCAGUAGCCAUGUCUAAACAGUAUGGACUGACCACAGCUGGGAACACACUGCCAGUGCUACUCCUCAAGGGCUCACGGAUCCCUGGUGAUUAAGGAAGCUGCUGCUGGAACUCAUUUUUUUCUCUGGCCAGGGUGAAUCCUGGUCCUGAACCCCCCACAUCAUUGGACACUAAACAUCCAAUAGGACAAGGCCCUUUUCUCUUGGGCAGUCUAUCUAGCCCACAGGGAGAUGAGGUGUGCGUCUGGAAAACUCAGCUCCCAUGGGCCACAGCUGUAAAUAAAACCAAUUGUAUGGCAUCUCUGGACAGACAGUCUGCUUUGUGUUUACCUGCUACAGGCCACACCAGAGCUGCUCAGUGGAGCCAGGGCUCACUUUUACACUUCCCUUUUCCCACAGCACAGUUUCCUAAAUGCCAAACCUCAACAAAGUGACUGAAAGACCGGUGCAGGAAAUGGUACACCACGACAAUGGAGGUGUAAUGGUGAGCUUCACAGAGGUGUACAAAAUAUCCUCUUUAUUAAAUUUCCUGUACACAUUUA